UCUUUGAAUCAGGAAACGUAAUUCCCAAGCAAAAUCAUCCUACCUGACCACUAUAAACUGAGGUGGGGAAGGCAGCAUCCUAGCAAAAUAUGGAAGAAGUGAAGCUACUAGGAGCUUGGCCUAGUCCAUUCAGUUACAGAGUUCUUUGGGCUCUGAAACUCAAGGGAGUAAGUUAUGAAUUUGUAGAAGAGAAUCUCUCCAACAAAAGUGAGUUGCUUCUACAGUAUAACCCAGUUCACAAAAAGAUCCCAGUGUUAAUCCAUGGUGGAAAGCCAAUAGCAGAGUCCACUAUCAUUCUUGAGUACAUAGAAGAGACAUGGCCACAGAAUCCCUUGCUCUCAGAAGAUCCUUAUGAGAGAGCUAUGGCUAGAUUCUGGACCAAGUUUGGAGAGGACAAGAGCCCAACGUUUUUUGCCUUCUUUCAAACUGUUGGAGAGGAACAAGAGAAGGCAACAAAAGAAUUCAAAGAGCUGCUAGGAAUCAUAGAAGAGCUUGGCCUUGGUAACAAGAAAUUUUUUGGGGGUGACAAAGUUGGAAUGACUGACAUAGCCUUUGGAUGGAUAGCUGGCUGGCUUCAACCCAUGGAGGAAGCAGUUGGUGUCAAGCUGCUGGAACCUGGUAGCUUCCCUCGUUUACAUCUAUGGACUCAGAAUUUCAAGGAAGUUGCCGUCAUCAAAGAGAACCUUCCUGAUUAUGAUGAAAUGUUGGCCUAUUUCAGAAGUCUACGGCAGAUGUUUAUGGCACUAGAAAAAUCAUAGACCAUUAUUUGUAUUUUUCCACCAAGAUGAAUGCUUCUAGCAAUGAAGAUUGAAAACAUCCAUCGCAGGAAACAUCAUAUAUUAAAUUUAUGUAUGAUUACAGAUAAGAGUUUAUUUAACUUCAAUUAUAAGCUCUUAUGCCUUGUGUA